AUGUUAAUGUCCAAGAGGUUUGGAGGAGCCACUUUUCCCCACAUUUUCUCUUCUCCAUUUUCUCUCUCCCCUCCAUUUCCCCUAUUUUUUCUCUCCCACCUUCUCUCAAUUCUCUCCAACUCUUUUCCCCCCACUUUUUUUCUCUUCUCCAUUUCCCCUCCCUCCUCUCCCCAUCCUUCUCCUUUUCUCGAUUUCCCUCCACAUUCUUCUUCUCCUCCCCCACUUUAUCUUCUACUAUCCCCUCCACGUUCUCCUCCAUCUCUACUAAAACUUUCCCAGACUUUUUUCUUCUCUGUUUCCUCCAACCUCCUCCUCCUCUCCUUUCCCAGACUUUUUUUUCUUUCCUCUUUUCCUCCAACCUCUCUAAUUCUCCUCCAACUUUCUAAAACUUUCCCAGACUUUUUUUUCUUCUUUUUCCCUCUCUUCUCCCAACUUUCCCCCAGACCUUUUUCUUCUCUGUUUCUCCAACUCCUCCUCCUUUUUCCUCUCUGUUUCCCUCCAACCUCUCUCGUUCUAACUCUACUAAAACUUUCCCAGACUUUUUUUUUCCCACUUUUCCCUCUUCUCCAUUCUCCUCCAACCUCUCCUUUUUUUCCUCUCUGUUUCCCUCCUCUCUACGUUCUCCUCAACUCUACUAAAACUUUCCCAGACUUUUUUUUCUCUCUGUUUCCUCCAACCUCUCUCCGUUCCCUCCAACUCUACUCCUUUUUUCUUCUCUGUUUCCCUCCCUCUCUACGUUCUCCUCCAAUUCUACUAAAAACUUUCCCAGACUUUUUUCCCCUCUGUUUCCUCCAUUUUCUCCUCUUCUCCCCAGACUUUUUUUUCUUCUCUGUUUCCCUCCAACCUCUCCUUCCCAACUCUACUAAAAACCCAGACUUUUUCUCUCUGUUUCCCUCCAACCUCUCUACACUUUUUUUCUCUUCCCUCCAUUUCCUCAACUCUACUAAACUCUUUUUUUUUCUUCUCUGUUUCCCCAACCUCUACAUCUUAAAACUUCCCAGACCCUUUUCCCUCCAUUUUUUCCCAGACUCUCUCCCCUUUCCCUCCUCCAACUCUCUAAAACUUUCCCAGACUUUUUUCUUCUCUUUUCCUCCAACCUCCUCUCCUCCAACUCUAUUAAAACUUUCCCCACUUUUCCCUCCAACCUUUUUCUCCUCCAACUCUACUAAAACUUUCCCCAGACUUUUUUUCUCUGUUUCCCCUCCAACCUCUCUUCACUUUUUUCUUUCCUCCUUCAAUUUCUCCAACUCUUCUAAAACUUUCCCAGACUUUUUUUUUUCUCUGUUUCCUUUCCCUCCAACUCUACUAAAACUUUCCCCAGACUUUUUUUUUCCUCUCUGUUUCCCUCCUUCUACGUUCUCCUCCAACUCUACUAAAACUUUCCCAGACUUUUUCUCUUUUCCCCAACCUCUUUCUCCUCCAACUCUACUAAAACUUUCCCAGACUUUUUUUUUCUCUCUGUUUCCUCCAACCUCUCGUUUCUCCUCCAACUCUACUAAAACUUUCCCAGACUUUUUUUUUCUCUGUUUCCUCCCACCUCUCUACGUUCUCCUUCUCCCAAAACUUUCUUUUUUCCCUCCAACCUCUUCCCCAACUCUACAACUUUCUUCUUUCUUCUCCUCCUCAACCUCUACUACCUUCUCCUCCACUUUUUUUUCCUCUCUACUUUUUUUUCUCUGUUUCCCUCCAACCUCUCUACGUCCCUCUACUAAAACUUUCCCAGACUUUUUUUCUCUCUGUUCCCUCAACCUCUCUACUAAAACUCCAACUCGUGCUUUUUUUCUCUCUGUUUCCUCCAACCUCUCUACGUUCUCCUCCAACUCUAUCUUUCUUUUUUCUCUGUUUCCUCCAACCUCUCUACGUUCUCUCCAACCUCUAAAAACUUUCCCAGACUUUUUUCCUCUGUUUCCUCACCUCUCUACGUUCUCCUCCAACUCUACUAAACUUUCCCCCACUUUUUUUCUUCUCUGUUUCCUCCGUUCUCCUCCAACUCUAAAACUUUCCCAGACUUUUUUUCCUCUGUUUCCCUCCAACCUCUCUGUUUCUCCUCCAACUCUACUUUCCCAAAACUUUCCCCUCCAGACUUUUUUUUUUUCUUCUUCUCAACCUUUCCUCCAACCUCUCUUUUUUUCCUCUCUUCGUUCUCCUCCAACUCGACUAAAACUUUCCCCAAGACUUUUUCUCCUCUCUCUUUCCCAGUUUUUUUCUUCUCUGUUUCCUCAACCUCUCUACACUUUUUUUCCUCUCUGUUUCCCCUCCACCUCUCCCUCCUCCAACUCUCUUUCCCAGACUUUUUUUUCUUCCUCCUCCAACUCUCUACGUUCUCCUCCAACUCUAGUAAAACUUUCCCAAACUUUUUUUCCUCUCUGUUUCUUCUUCUCCUCCAACUCUACUAAAACUUUCCCAGACUUUUUCUUCUCUGUUUCCUCCAACCUCUCUUCGUUUUCCUCCAACUCUACUAAAACUUUCCCAGACUUUUUUUCUGUUUCCCUCCAACCUCUCUUCGUUUCCUCCAACUCUACUAAAACCCCAGACUUUUUUUUCUCUACCUCUCGUUCUCCUCCAACUCUACUAAAACUUUCCCAGACUUUUUUUCUCUCUGUUUCCCUCCAACCUCUCUACGUUCUCCUUUUUUCCCAGACUUUUUUCUUCUCUGUUUCCUCCAACUCUCUCUUUCCCAGACUUUUUUCUUCUCUCUGUUUCCCUCCAACCUCUCUACUUCUCCUCCAAACUUUUUCCCAGACUUUUUUCUUCUCUGUUUCCCUCCAACCUCUCUACGUUCCUCCUCCAACUCUACUAAAAACUUUCCCAGACUUUUUCUUCUCUUUUCCCUCCAACCUCUCUACGUUCUCCUCCAACUCCAAAACUUUCCCAGACUUUUUCUUCUCUACUUUUUUUUCUUCUCUGUUUCCUCCCACCUCUCUACGUUCUCCUCCAACUCUACUAAAACUUUCCCAGACUUUUUUCUUCUCUGUUUCCCUCCCACCUCUCUACCUCUCCAACUCUACUAAAACUUUCCCAGACUUUUUUUUCUCUGUUUCCCUCCAACCUCUACACUUUUUUUCCUCUCUGUUUCCCUCCAACCUCUCUACGUUCUCCUCCAACUCUACUAAAACUUUCCCAGACUUUUUUUCUUCUCUGUUUCCCUCCAACCUCUCUACGUUCUCCUCCAACUCUACUAAAACUUUCCCAGACUUUUUCUCCAACCUCUCUACUCCAACUCUUUCCUCCCACCUCUCUACACUUUUUUCUUCUCUGUUUCCCUCCAACCUCUCUACGUUCUCCUCCAACUCUACUAAAACUUUCCCAACUUUUUUUCUUCUCUGUUUCCCUCCAAACUCUACUAAAAAACCCCCCAGACUUUUUUUUUCUCUGUUUCCCUCUCUCUACGUUUCCCAACUCCCUUUCCCAGACUUUUUUCUUCUCUGUUUCCCUCCAACCUCUCGUUCUCCUCCAACUCUACUAAAACUUUCCCAGACUUUUUUCUCUCUGUUUCCCUCCAACCUCUCCUCCAACUCUACUAAACUUUCCCAGACUUUUUUCUUCUGUUUCCCUCCAACCUCUCUACGUUCUCCUCCAACUCUACUAAAACUUUCCCAGACUUUUUUCCUCUCUACUUUUUCUUCUCUGUUUCCCUCCAACUCUCUAACUCCUCCAACUCUACUAAAACUUUCCCAGACUUUUUCUUCUCUGUUUCCUCCAACCUCUCUACGUUCUCCUCCAACUCUAGUAAAACUUUCCCAGACUUUUUUCUUCUCUGUUUCCCUGUUUUCCCUCCAACCUUUCCCAGACUUUUUUUUCUUCUCUGUUUCCUCCAACCUCUGCUCUCCACUAAAACUUUCCCCAGACUUUUUUUUUCUGUUUCCCUCAACCUCUGUUCUCCUCCAACUCUACCUUUCCCAGACUUUUUUUUCUUCUUCUCUGUUUCCCUCCAACCUCUCUACGUUCUCCUCCAACUCUACUAAAACUUUCCCAGACUUUUUUCUUCUCUGUUUCCCUCCAACCUCUCUACGUUCUCCUCCAACUCUACUAAAACUUUCCCAGACUUUUUUUCUUCUCUGUUUCCCUCCAACCUCUCUACGUUCUCCUCCAAUUUUACUAAAACUCUCGCCCACCUUUUCUCUUCUGCAUUUUGUUUUCUUAAUACAUCUCCCUCUAAACCUGCACUGCUGCGAACGCCUCCUUACUCUUGUCCGUUUUAUCCUUGUGGCCCGUCGCUUAUCGAAUUCGUCAGAGCAAUUAAUUCAACGAAAUUCACCUCAUUCAAUUCGACAACACCAGCCAUAA